CCAAACCCUUCUUCAGCGCGCCAGUAAUGUGAAGGGCCGCUUGUGGUCUGAUCGCAUGUCCGAAAUUUGGGUUCAGUUUAUGAAAGAGCUAGUGGUCAUGGGCGUUCCCUUGAAUGAAACCGGAAGGUCAGCUUUGGAUUCGUUUCUUCAUCUUCAAAGGGGUAAACGAGCUGGUCUUAUGAGGAAUACCUCAAAAGAUCUGGAAGAAGGCUCGAUAGGCAUUGCAAAAGGUUUACUCGAGCUAGGUGCUCUGUCCAUCGGCCCAGCUAUCAAUUACACGGUUUUCGUAUCUGGGGACGUUCUGAGUAUACCUGAUAUUUACCAAAACUUCCCAGAAUAUGUCGACAGUUUUGAUUAUGGAUCUUUAUCCUGUGCACUCCUUCAGAAGUCAGAAUCAGCUAUCAAGAGUAUUCUUGGAGGGUCGCCCAAUUCAGUGGCCGAGCGAGGCUAUCUUGGUCAAACCCCCCUUCACGUGGCUGUGUACUGGCCCAGAGGCCAUGAAUUGCUCUUUGACUUAGCCGAGGACGCCUGUCUUCAAGUUAUUGAUGUGGAAGAUGCCACGGGAUUAACGGCAAUCUGUUCGGCCAUACUCCUGCACCAAGCAGACUCCGUCCAGGUUUUACUCUGCCGGGGAGCUACCAUCGAUCUUGAAAACACUGCCACGUUCUUUGGACAUCCCAAUGCCUCUGAUGGAUACUUUCAGAGUCAGGAAGUCGUCGAUCUCCUGAGUUAAGAACUAGCUGCUCGCAGACGCAAAAUGCUGCUUUUCGCCAGCAGAAAUUUAACGGAAAAGAAGUUAUCCGAAAUUGGAAUGACGAAGUCAACUAUCCUCCAAGAAAAUGCCUUUGAGAUUCUUCAGGCACUUUCGGUCCUCGAUAUGA